AAGUACGUCAUCACGCUGCGCUGUCCAACAUUCCGAAGUGCGUAGCUGCUUUUGUGCUAGCUAUUCUCUACUACUGCGUGUGGAUUAUUAACAUUUCUUCGCAUAGUUUGAGUUUUCGCUUUAAAAGAUCCAGCCAUGGCGAUGCAAGCGGCGAAACGAGCGAAUAUUCGUUUACCUCCAGAGGUAAACAGGAUAUUGUACAUACGUAAUCUCCCAUACAAGAUCACAGCAGAGGAGAUGUAUGACAUCUUUGGGAAGUAUGGGCCAAUUCGUCAAAUCAGAGUUGGGAACACACCAGAAACCAGAGGAACUGCAUACGUCAUAUAUGAGGACAUCUUUGAUGCAAAAAAUGCCUGCGACCAUCUAUCUGGGUUCAACGUCUGCAACAGAUACUUAGUUGUAUUGUAUUAUAACCCAAACAGGGCUUUCCAAAAAAUGGACACAAAGAAAAAGGAGGAACAGCUGAAACUUCUCAAAGAGAAAUACGGCAUAAACACAGAGCCAGCAAAAUAGUCAACAUCUGUUGUUCCGUUGUUCUGUCUUUUGUUCACUUGUCCCCAUUAAGUAAUAAUGCAAAUAGAUGAUCUGCUCAUUCUUUGGACUGGAGUUUUGUUAUAUAUUGACUCAUUUUUUUAUCAGUGAGGUUUUUUGUUGUUAAUAUCACAUACAUG